CAAUCUUUUUCCUAUUUCUGCUGUUUCUUUUGGAUUCUUCUGGUGGUGGAUGAUAGAUAGAGUUAGAGAACUUACAUUAUUGAGAUUCCUCUGUGCCUCCUUUCUUCAUCUUGAAGCGAGGGGAUGUGUCUCUUUUCAGCUCAUCCCUUGCGUACUUUCAUAAAAGAAAAAUCAAAUCUUGAUCGCGGAUUUUUUUUUUUUCCGCCGCAAGGCUAGAUUUCUGUCUUUUUUUCUUCUUUGUUUUGUCCCUCGUGCGAUCAUUCGGCAGAUCCUGGAAGCGGCUUCGUACCUCAUCGGACAAACUGAGAAGGUGCGAGUCUUCUUUUCCGGGGGAUCUGUGCUUCAGAAGGUUUGGCUAGAGGGGAGAUAAGAAGCGUUCUCGCUGUAAGUCCUGGAAUUCCUUAAACGACCUAAUACUUCCUAGAGUCGUUGAAAUCUGCACUUGAAAUCAGAUCUUGCGAUCGAAAACUCGAAUCGGAUCUUUGGGUACCGCAAAGACUGUAAGAAAAUCGUAGAGACGCACGCAAUCAGAGGCGAGGCGCGAUGCUUGAUGGGAGCACGACGAUGUCUAGUUUCCCGAUUCGUCUCGUGGAUCAUGGAGUAGCCAGGCACAGGAUGGGCCGUCCCAAAGCCUGGCCUUCCAGCUCCGUCCGCUGUCCCAAACCGUCAUCGGUUCUGCUGCAAACCGAUGGGGGUGACGACCUCUCUGAUUCUAGGAGUUCCACGCCAGCUUCCUCUCGUUGGGGAAGUGGGUCCGAGAGUCCCGUCCUGGCCCUUCCCAACACGGUUGGUGUCAUAGGAGGCGUCUCGGCUGUUUCCACCGUCGGCUUCUUAGAGAAGCUCGUCGCGUGGAGUUCGGGAGAUGGAGGGGCAGGUCUCCCUUUCAUCGCUUGCAGCGACCCCGUCCUGAGCAGAGAACUCUCUUCCCGUAAAAGGACUUCCUUUCUGUCCCCCGCUUCAAGGAACACCGAUCUGCGAAUCGAUCAUGCUUCCGUCGUGGAGAACCUACGCCGCAAGAGGAUCUUUUUGGAGAGCUCCGGAGCUCGUUGCAUAGUCAUGCCAUGUCAUAUCUCGAGCUCGUGGCAUGAGGAAAUUUCCGAGGGCUGCUCGGUGCCCUUCCUUCAUGUCGGUGAAUGUGUUGCCGAGGAACUCGAGGCAGCAAACCUGAAGCCGGUGGAAGCUGGAAGCAAUCUGCGUAUAGGAGUUCUUGACACAGAUGCCUUAUCGACCGCUAGCUUCUAUACGGAGAAACUCCAAAACCAGGGAUUUGAAGUUCUAUUACCAGAUAAGGAGACCAUGGAGCACACCGUUAUUCCUGCUGUGGGGGCAUUUCACAGGAAGGAUGUGGAAGGCGCGAGAAAUCUCCUGAGGAUAGCACUCCAAGUUCUCCUGGUGCGGGCAGUCAGCACCAUCAUCCUCGCCUCCGAUGAUAUGCAAGGACUCUUGCCUCGGGACGACCCGCUCCUGAAGAAAUGCAUAGAUCCUAUGGAUGCAUUGGUUAGAGCCACAAUACGGUGGGCUGAUUCAAGGGCAAACAAUGAACAAUAGCCCCCUUGGUGGGGGAGGUUGGAACUUGUAUUAUCUUUAUAAAUAUAUUGUUAUGUAUUGCUGCAUAUGGGACGGAUAUCAUCACAGAAAUUUGUAUGUUACGAUAGCAUCGAGAGUGUGUGUGUGUGUGUAGUCAGGUUGGCCUGCAUACACCAUCAUGGUGAUAUGCUUCCUUGAUGGCACAAAUUUUAUCAAUCAUCAUAUGUUGUUGCAUAAUGCUGAAAUCUUUUUUUUAUCAUCA